AUGAUGGAACCUGAGGAGUACAGAGAGAGAGGAAAGGAGAUGGUGGACUACAUCUGCCAGUACCUAACCACUGUUCGGGAGCGGCGGGUGACUCCGGACGUGAGGCCUGGCUACCUGCGAGCCCAGCUGCCUGAGAGCGCGCCCGUGGAGCCCGACAGCUGGGACAGCAUCUUUGGGGACAUUGAGCGAAUCAUCAUGCCUGGGGUGGUGCACUGGCAAAGCCCCCAUAUGCAUGCCUACUACCCAGCUCUCACCUCUUGGCCAUCACUGCUGGGAGACAUGCUGGCUGAUGCCAUCAACUGCUUGGGAUUCACCUGGGCUUCUAGUCCUGCGUGCACGGAGCUGGAGAUGAACGUCAUGGACUGGCUGGCAAAAAUGCUGGGACUCCCUGAGCACUUCCUGCACCACCACCCCGGCAGCCAGGGAGGAGGCGUCUUGCAGAGCACAGUCAGCGAGUCCACCUUGAUCGCCUUGCUGGCAGCGAGGAAGAACAGAAUCCUGGAAAUGAAAGCCUCUGAGCCUGAGGUGGACGAGUCCUUCCUGAACGCCCGGCUUGUGGCCUAUGCCUCCGACCAGGCCCACUCCUCGGUGGAAAAGGCUGGUCUGAUUUCCCUGGUCAAGGUGAAAUUUCUGCCUGUGGAUGAGAACUUCUCGCUCCGAGGGGAAGCUCUUCAGAAAGCCAUCAAGGAGGACAGGGAAAGGGGCCUGGUGCCCAUCUUUGUCUGUGCAACACUGGGGACCACCGGGGUCUGUGCAUUUGACUGCCUGUCAGAGCUGGGCCCCAUCUGUGCCCGUGAGCGGCUGUGGCUCCACAUUGACGCUGCCUAUGCAGGCACUGCCUUCCUGUGCCCUGAGUUCCGGGGCUUUCUGAAGGGCAUCGAGUAUGCCGAUUCCUUCACCUUUAACCCUUCCAAGUGGAUGAUGGUGCACUUUGAUUGUACCGGCUUCUGGGUCAAGGACAAGUACAAGCUGCAGCAGACCUUCAGCGUAGACCCUGUCUACCUCAGGCACGCUGACUCGGGCGUGGCCACCGACUUCAUGCACUGGCAGAUCCCCUUGAGCCGGCGCUUUCGCUCUAUUAAACUCUGGUUCGUGAUUCGGUCCUUUGGGGUGAAGAAUCUUCAAGCGCAUGUCAGACAUGGCACAGAAAUGGCUAAGUAUUUUGAAUCUCUGGUCAGAAAUGACCCUUUCUUUGAAAUUCCUGCCAAGAGGCACCUUGGCCUGGUGGUUUUUCGUCUCAAGGGUCCUAACUGCCUCACAGAAAGCGUGUUAAAGGAAAUAGCUAAGGCCGGCCGUCUCUUCCUCAUUCCAGCCACUGUCCAGGACAAGCUGAUCAUCCGUUUCACUGUGACAUCCCAGUUCACCACCAGGGAUGACAUCCUGAGAGACUGGAACCUCAUUCAGGAUGCUGCCACCCUCAUCCUCAGUCAGCACUGUACUUCCCAACCCAGCCCUCAGGGGGCGAACCUCAUCUUCCAAACCAGGGGCCCCAGAGCCUUGGCCAAGGAGAUGUCCUUCCCCCCUGUCAACGGGGCAGGCGAUGACCCAGCCCAUUCCAGGAAGAUCGUCAAGCAGCCUCCGCGUGUGGGAGCCAGUCCUGUGAGCCGCCAUCUUGAGACCGUGCUGGACCCACUGGAUGACUGCUUCUCUGAAGAGGCUCCAGACGUCACCGAGCACAAGCUGUCCUCCUUCCUGUUCAGUUAUUUGUCUGUGCAGAACAAGAAGAAGGCAGUACGUUCCCUCAGUUGCAAUAGCGUGCCUGUGAGUGCUCAGAAGCAACUGAGCACAGAAGGCUCUGUGAAGAAUGGUGGCUCCUGCCGGGUCAGAGUCUUUUCUAGGUUCCCAGAAGAGAUGAUGCUGCUGAAGAAGAGUGCCUUCAAAAAACUAAUCAAGUUCUACAGUGUCCCCAACUUUCCUGAAUGCAGCUCUCAGUGUGGGCUACAGCUGCCCUGCUGCCCUCUGCAGGCAAUGGUUUAG